GAAUCCGCCGCGAGAUCGAGAAAUGGACUCCGAGGCCGCAGCGACCGGCAAGACGACGAAGGGCGCUGAGACGGGCGAGGUCUCCGCUGUGCCGGAAGACUCGCACACGCACGACCCGUCGCAGACGGAAGGAGAGACCAAGGAGGACACCAAGGAGGACGCCGCUGAGGCCAGCAAGAAGAAAAAGAAGAAGAAGAAGGCGAAAGGUAACAAAGGAGAGGACGCCGAGACUGGGAUUCCGGAAGAGGAGGCCGAGCCCACGGAGCCCGUGGCCUUGGAGCCGGCGACUGCGGGUUACAACGGCGGGGGCGUUGCUCCCGCCGUGGAGGAGGCGCCCGAGGACGAGGCUGAUCAGGAGGCCGAGGAGGGCGACACAGGCAAGAAGAAGAAGAAGCGGCGAGGCGGAGGCAAGAAGAAAGGCGGUGGUGGCACCUCCAGUGGACUUGACGGCAUUGCCAACUACGGCAUCUCCGACGAGGACUUCGAUGCAUGGUGUCAGAAGACACUUGAGGCCACGGCCAACGAGUCUGAAAAGAUGACGUCGCAAGAGCUCCAGAAGCCUCCCAGGGAGUUCUGGGGCUACCAGUACUCCGGGCUUCUGCGUCCCGCUUACGUCUCCAAGCAGCUCAAGAUGCCCGAGGGCACGCUGCUCCCGGACUAUGCCCUCCAAGCCGAUGGCUCCAGCGCCUGUGAGCGCCAGGGGCUGAAAGAGGUUCCCGUCUUGGAGGGCAAGGACCUCGAGACCAUGCGGAGAGCCUGCAAGCUGGGUCGCGAGGUUCUGGACACCGCUGCCCGCUUCAUGCGGCCAGGCGUCACAGGGGAUGAGAUCGACCGCGUGGUCUACCAGGCGUGCAUCGAUCGCAAGAUCUACCCCAGCCCACUGAAUUACUAUCGCUUCCCCAAGACGCUCUGCGUCUCAGCGAACGAGGUGAUUUGCCACGGCAUUCCGGACUGCCGCCCCUGUGAGGAGGGAGACAUCGUGAACUUAGACAUCAGCAUUUACUUCGAAGGCUUCCACUCAGAUCUCAACGAGACCUUUUUUAUCGGAGAUUGUGAUGAAGAUUCUCAGCGGCUGGUGAGGACAGCCUACAAUGCCCUCUUCGCUGCAGCACAGAUGAUCCGUCCGGGGACCUUCUAUCGAGAUUUAGGUGCCGCCAUCCAGUCAGAGGCUUCCAAGAACGGCUGCGCCAUCGUCACCACGUACUGCGGGCAUGGCGUGGGUAAGUUGUUCCACGGACCGCCGAAGGUGCCCCACUACAAGAAGAACAAGGCCGUGGGCAUCAUGAAGCCCGGCCACGUCUUCACCGUUGAGCCCAUGUUGAACCUUGGGGGUAAUGGCGGCGACAGGACCUGGCCCGACAACUGGACCGCCGUCACUCGAGAUGGCAAGAGGUCCGCCCAAUUCGAGCACACCUUCUUGGUCACCGAGACCGGCUUGGAAGUCCUCACUGCGCGGCCUGGCACCGACCCGACGCAGAUGCCAGCCUACAACCCGGUGAUGGCCCCGGGAAAGGGCAGUGCCCCGGCCGUUCUCUCUCAGAUCUCCUCUGUUGCCUGCGGUGAGGCCAUGUUCCAGAGGAAGUUGCGGGCCAAGCUUGCUGAGAAAGACAGCGCGUGGUCUAAGUCUGCUGCAGCGAAUCACGACACCUAG